AUGGACGACAGCCUCCAGACGGGGAAUGACCCUCUGGACCCGACAUCUCACGCCGGCACCGAGUCUUUGGCAUGUGUGUCAUGUCGGUCGCGGAAGCUCAAGUGUGACCGUAUCAAGCCAGCUUGCACUCGCUGUUCCAAGGCCUGCGCCGAAUGCAUCUAUCCAGAAUCAAGGCGGAAGCCUACUUUCAAACGUCGGAAUGUGAGGGAGCUUGAGGCUCGUUUAGCCCAGGUAGAGGGUUACCUCAAAGAGGUUACCAAGAGUGGUGCAGUCGAUUCCGAGGAACAAGUCGAUGAUACGUUCAUACACCCUGAUCCUGAAAUCCAUCAGUUAGGUGAUUUCGAUUUCUCCUCGGCAAUGCCAAAUCAGAGUGCCGGUGUUACUGUCACGCCAGGGCAAUCUCAAGUACCUUUAGAUAUGCCAGACCUUUUCGAUGACCAAACGAAUGGCAUGCUCGGCGGUGAGUUGAUGGACCUCGGUCUGUCUGAGAGCCUGCCUCCUUUCGAAAUGAUGGAGGAUUUAAACAAUAUAUAUUUCAACGCGCAGCACUUCUACAUCCCCAUUGUUCAUCCGGGGCGAUAUCUCAAAGCAUUCUAUGGCGGUCCCUUAAUGAAACCGCCCAUGUGUCUGCAAUAUUCGAUUUGGGCAUUGGCGUCAUAUCUAAACGAUAAGUACGCCUCGUUCUCGGAUAUCUUCUACCAACGAGCGAGGCAAUAUGUCGAGGCGGACGAGCUAAAGGGUGUAGGCGAAUACUUCAUCACCCUUUUCCACGCCCAGGCCUAUAUUAUCCUAUCGACCUUUGAGGCAAAAUUAAUGCUUUUUACGAGAGCGUCCAUGACCUCGGCCAAGGCCGUUCGACUCGUCCAGAUGAUGGGUCUGGAUCGGGUAGAUGGCGAGAAGGGCAGCAUCCCCCCUAGCUUGGCUCCUCCGACGUCGUGGGCUGAGCUCGAAGAGCGCAGGAGAACAUUCUGGGGCGCCUAUUGCAUCGACGCCCAUGCCAGCAUCUCCGCUGGGUGGCCGAGCUUGAUUAAUUGCGACGAUAUCGAAUCGAGACUUCCCGCAUCAGAGGAGGCCUUUAAUGCCGGGAAAGAAGAGGCGGCUGUCUUCAUCGAUGAAGCUUUGAAAGGUGCCUCCUAUUCCGGAUUUUCCAGUACCAUCGUCACAUGUCGGAUAUUCAAGAAGAUCUUAAGCCAUGUCCACAGAUCAAGGGCCAAGGAUCGCCCAGAGGAUUUGGUGAAUGGCCCCUUCUGGGCACGCCAUCGCGAGCUUGACAAUGAGUUAUCUGGGGCUUUCAUGUUUCUCCCAGAAAAGUUCUCCCUCCCUCGCCAUUAUCGAGAACCGCCCGCUAUUCAUUUGAAUCUUAAUCUACACGCUUCAGUCAUCUGCCUCCAUCACGCUGCGGUCGAGAAGGCAAUGAAGCAUGGUCAUCCUCCGUCAGUCAAGCAGGCCAGCGUAACCCGCCUCAGGACUGCGGCCGAGGAAAUUGUUAACAUCAUCAAAUUGACAUCUCAUCAGCUUGCACUAUUCCGCAGCCCACUAUGCGCGUUAUCCAUGUAUUGUGCAACAACCGUAUACGUCUUCAUGGCCAAGGAGAACCCCGAGGAUGGAUUGGAUGCCAUUGACACUGCAAACCUGGAGCUCAUCAUUCAAGCAAUGGAGGCUAUCGCAAGAGCCCACGAGAUUACUCGGUCAUUCCUGCAGCAGGCAUGUCUAGAUGUCGAACGGAAUGGCCUAGAUGCAGUCAUCCGACUUCCCAAUCUAAGCAAAUACCGCGAUAGUUUUGGCGGCCCUGCUUCCAACAUCCCCUUACUAGCUCGCAACCGUACGAUAGGGAACCACACAAAGAUCUCACCCGUUCUUCCUGGGCGGUUGCCUCUCGGCAACCCAGAGGGCAAGAUUCGACCAAGCAGUCUGCGGCUUCCAAGAGUACACCCUAUCGCGGAGGAUGUGGGAAACACAGGGCAGGCUCUGCAGUGCUUCCAGGGAAUCCUCGGCGCUGCCACCCGAAAUAAUAAGACGCAGUCCUCAGCACCGUCUACAAUUCCGCCCAUAGUAGAGUCCGAGGCCGGAUCGGACACUACACCAGGGAGCCAACCGCCCAACAAAAGAAAGAGGACGUCCCCCGAGGAGGCUAACCUGGUACAAGAGAGCAUCAGCAUAUCAAGAAGUGAGAUUGCCAACAUGAGUUUCCUGGCGGCCGAAAAUGAUGGCUUCUCGCGCGUGCUCGGGGACGUGGGACAGUUCGACCUCGGAACCGCCCCGAACCCCAAUAUCAUACUGGCGCACAGGACCAGCUCGUCGACCGCCUCGUCCUCGCCAAUGAACAACAUGAUCAACAGCUUUGGCACGGACACGCGAUCCGGCAGUGACGAAACAUCACCAGAGCAGCUGUCAAAUAAACCGCAGCAGAUACCUCUCUGGGGUAGCGCGGAUGGUGCUUUCUUUGGCCAGUUGAGCGAUGGCAGUACUACUGAGAGGAGCGAGUUAUGGAACAUGAUGAAUAUAGGGCUUUGA